CAAACAUUCUCGUUUCCACUCACUAUCAACUCUCUCCCCUUCCUUUCCCUCUCAACAGAGUUUUUUUUUUGUUUUUUCCUCCGUUUGGCACAAGAAAUAUAUGGAUCAAAUCAAGCAACACAACAACCAAACUCUGGUUCAAUUCAGCCAAUUCCACAUCUCAAGGAAAUCAAUCCAAAUUCUACUCUUCUCCAUCUCUUUAUUUUCCUUCCUACUUUCUUGUUCCCCAUUGGGUCAUUUUCUCAGUUCAUUUUCCAUGCAACUCUUCAGCUACACCAGUGAUAGAAACUACAUGUUUCUUUUCUGCAAUGGAAUUCUUGUUUUCUUGAUUAAAAACUCCGGUAUGACCGACACUUGUUCAUCGAGUACUGAUCCCAAUUACGAGCAUGCAAAGCAGGACAAAAAUGAAGAUGAGAGAGAAAGAGAAUGUGAGAAUUUGGUUACAGAUGGAGAUGGUGAAAGUGAAAUCUUGACAACCCAAGAAGGUGGAAUUGAAGAAGAAGAAGAAGAAGAAGAAGAAGAAGAAGAAGAAGAGGAAAAUGGGUUGUUGAGUGCAGAGGAAUUGAACAAGAAAUGUGACGAUUUCAUUAGGAAAGUGAAAGAGGGAAUCAAAAUUGAAGCUCAACAACUGAUCAUAGUUUAGAUUGUUCUGUUUUGUUUCAUAUUCCUUUUUUGUGUAAUUAGAAAUAAAAAUAAUGAAAAAAUUCAAAAACAUUUUAGACUCUGUUUA